ACAACUUUGGAAGCCCUUUACCCAAGGAUUGAUCCUGCAAAGUUUGGUUGAAAUUGGACUAGUGGUUUUUCACAAGAAGAUUUUUUAAGUUCAUUAUAUAAUCUAUAGAACACACACACAAACACACACACACACAAGUGAAUCGCUAUAUGCCACCGCAUCGCAGAUGCUGCGGUGGCAUAAAAAAAGUCGCUGUUAUUAAUGGUAGAAAGGAGGAUCUAAUAGAAAGGUAAUACAAUGUAUACUGAUUUUUCAUCAAAACUGCUAUAUUUAACACACCAACAGUCAUUCCUCAUUGUUCUUAUACAUGUAUUAUAUAGGUCAGUCAGGAAGGUAGAUGCUUAGAUACAAUAACAUUACUACCCAAGGUGUCUAGAUUAGAGAAACUGAUAAGAUUUAUUCAUACCUAUCUGCCUUUUAUUACAUCUACUACUCAGAUGUGUAUUUGUUUAUCUGUAAUAUCCAGAUUCAUUUAGGGUUUUAUAAUGUAAUGGAAGAAAUGCACUUUCACACUUUCACCUGCUAAAAAAUAUUGUUAACAUUAUGAUAAAUGAUUUUGUAUUUUACAGACUAGAGGCAUAUGAUAGAAAUCAAGAUUUUCGAGGAGAAGUGAUUUUACCAGAACCUCUAGAUCCAAUGGUCGGGUGAUGGACCAAUUGCAACUUGAACAUCAAAUCCAUCUGCCUAAACUAACAAAAGAGCAAAUAGAUGGAUACUUUAAGUACAGGAUGGCAGAUGACAACGAACAGAUCUCAGAUCUUAAAGCUCUACAAAAAGGUAAAAAAAUGUAUGAGAGUUAAAAGAUAUAUGCCUGCAGUAUUAAUGUAAAAGCACCAUCCAUAUUUUUCACAGGAUUUGUUGGAGCUGCUAUGCGUAAAAAACUAACAUACAACUACAAAAUUAGGAUGGACAAAGAUAAUGGUGAAGUACUAAACAGUCACUGUGAAUGUCCAUCUGGCAAGGGUCCGCAUGGCACAUGCAAGCACAUAGCAGCUGUGCUUUAUAUGUUGCAUGAUUUUGUACAAAGCGGAUCUGACCCACAAGUUCAACAGUCCUGCACAGAAAUUUUACAAACUUUCCAUAAGCCCAAGAAACAAUAUGCUGGAACACCUGUAAAAGCAAAAGACAUUCCAAACACCUCAAGAAAAUGUAAGCUGACGGACCCAAGGCCACCGGAAUAUCGAAAUAUUGAAAGGUAUGAAGAUCAUGUAAGGAGUACAGUUUUGAAUUACUGUGCAAACACAACAAAGGACAUUACAAUGAAGUAUAUGUGGGAAAGAGCUGAUUUGCAAGCAGCUGCAAAUGAUCAUAAUUACUUGGAUCUACCUGUCACAGAACACUGGGUUGACAAUUCCUAUGUAUGUUUAGAUAGCACCAUUAAAGAGUUGGAAAAGAAAACGCGAAAACAAGCAGACUGUAAGAGAUGGAAGGAAGAAAGAUUGUGGAGGAUAACAGCUUCUCGUUUUGGUGAGGUAUGUAAGCUUACAGCACGAAGGAACAUGAACUAUGUAACUCUUUCAUGAAGACAUCAAGACUUUGCAAUAAAGCAAUAAUUCAUGGAAAACAGUAUGAAUCAAAGGGAUAAAAAGUGUUCCAAUCAAAAUCAGGAUUGAACGUUCAGAAGUGUGGUCUAUUUAUUUUCAAUGAAAGACCAUAUAUAGCGGCAUCGCCUGAUGGUCUCAUAGGUAGUGAUGCCUUAAUCGAGAUAAAAUAACACUUAAUAGAAUGUAAUGAGAUAAAGUAGUUUAUAUUUGCUAAAUGCUAUUUUUCUUAUUAUGGGGGCUUAUUAUGAUUUCAGUACUUGCUGGUAUUUUUCUUCCUUUGGAUUAGUUACCUAUAUUCUCGACUUUACACAUCCGGACAUUUGCAGGUCGAUAAGAGUUACGCGCCCCUUGACUACUGGGGCAAACAAAUCGAUUUCCGCCAUAUUGAUUAGUGCAGAUACAUGAACUUAAAUAGUUUUCUUCCGUAAUAUUCGAUAAAUAUCGGCAAAAAUGCCAAAUUCUUGUUGUGCUGUUGGAUGCAGCAAUCAUGGAAUGAUGAAAAGAAAAAUUUCUUUCUUUACAUUCCCAAGCGAUCAGGAAAGGCGUAUCAAAUGAAUAUCGGCUGUUAAGAGAAUAAAUGCCGACGGAUCAAAAUGGCUACCGGGAAAAUACACUGUAUUGUGUAGUGACCACUUCAUUGAAGGCAAACCAAAUCGAGACCCAGCACACCCGGACCAUAUUCCAUCACUAUUCCAGCAUGUUGAAAGAACACCUAAAGAAAAUCAGUCAAAGCUGCAACGGUUCGCAAGUGCUGUGAAAAGAAAGAUAGCCUUUAAUACACCAACACCAGCAAAGCGUC